AUGAUGACAGGCCGCAAGCCCCGCCGACAGAACAACAAUAACAACAAUAACAACCACACCCACCGUCGUCAUCCCAGCCAAGGCGUCCCCCAACCCUCCGACUACGACUCCGACUUUCACAAUUACCUUUCUGAUACCCAGCAACUUCAGGAUCACCAAGAACCUUCCAUGCCUCCACCGCUCCGCUCCAACGAGGAGCUCAACCUCUCUGUCCUGCGCCGCCAUAACCCCUCCAUCACCAACAUUCUCUCACUCGCCCAAUACGCCGUCGUCUACAUCUUUAGCCCAAGCUCACGACAAUGGGAAAAGAACGGCAUUGAAGGCUCCUUGUUUGUCUGCCAACUCACUCAAGGCGCCCUAGGCGAGGAACGAUACAGUGUCUUUGUCCUCAACCGACGAGGUCUGAAUAACUUCGAUCUCUUCCUCACUGACGGCGAGAACGUCGAAAUCACCGAAGAAUACAUCAUCCUGAAAUCAGACUACACCCCAGAGGCGGAAGGCGCCAACAACAGCAAUGGUAUCAAUGGUGCUAACGGAUCCACCAAGCCGGGUGCGAACGACGGCACCAAUGUCCGCAUCUACGGUCUCUGGAUCUACUCGGAGCCUCCGCCUAACUCAACCGCGGAGACGCGCACCAUCAACGCCCAAAUGAUUCGUGAAUGCGCAACCCACGCCGGACAGAGUAUGAAGCUUGCGCGCGAACGAUUGGAAGCAGCGCAGCAAAACGGUCUGCAUGUCGCCGCUGCUGUGGCGUCGGCGACCGCGCCUCCGCUGGAAGAAGUGCAGUCAAGUGUACCGAUGGGUCGGCAGAUUUCGCUCAAGGAUCUCUUUGGACAACAGCGGACGCAGGAUGAUGAGUGGAGUGUCCGGGCGCAUCAGUUUGGACCCAGCGACUGGCAGCAGCCACCGCCGGCUGUGGCAAUGCCUGGCGUAGGAGCAAAUCCGAAUCCUCCGCAGCAGGAUGUUCUUGGGGAUUUGUUCCGGAGGGCUGGACUAGCGUAUCAGGGGGGUCAAUAG